CGUGCGCUGCUGGCGGGGGAGGCGGAGGGAAGAUGGCGGGCGGCCGCGGGUCGUGAGGCGGCGGCGGCGGAGUUUGCCGGAGCCAGGAGGACGAGGCGGGCGGCGAGGUGUCCGUGGGGCGCGGAGUCCCGGUACGAGAGGCUGGCUGGGCGCCUUGCAGCAGGACGCAGCCAUGGCCACGGAGAUCGGCUCCCCGCCGCGCUUCUUCCACAUGCCGCGCUUCCAGCACCAGGCUUGGUCCCUCCUAUAGGAAUGCUGAACAACCCUAUGAAUGCUGUGACAACAAAAUUUGUUCGGACAUCUACUAAUAAAGUAAAAUGCCCAGUGUUUGUUGUCAGGUGGACUCCUGAGGGGAGACGCUUGGUCACUGGUGCAUCUAGUGGGGAGUUCACUUUAUGGAAUGGACUGACUUUCAAUUUUGAAACAAUAUUGCAGGCUCACGACAGCCCUGUAAGGGCUAUGACUUGGUCACACAAUGAUAUGUGGAUGCUGACAGCAGACCACGGGGGAUAUGUGAAAUACUGGCAGUCCAACAUGAACAACGUCAAGAUGUUCCAGGCACAUAAGGAGGCGAUUAGAGAGGCCAGUUUCUCACCCACGGAUAAUAAAUUUGCUACAUGCUCUGACGACGGCACUGUUAGAAUCUGGGACUUUCUACGUUGCCAUGAGGAGAGAAUUCUUCGAGGCCAUGGAGCAGAUGUGAAAUGUGUUGACUGGCAUCCCACCAAGGGAUUAGUUGUUUCAGGAAGUAAAGAUAGCCAACAGCCCAUCAAGUUCUGGGAUCCAAAGACUGGCCAGAGCCUUGCCACACUGCAUGCUCACAAAAACACAGUGAUGGAGGUGAAACUGAAUCUCAAUGGCAACUGGCUGCUGACAGCUUCUCGGGACCACCUCUGCAAGCUCUUCGACAUCCGCAACCUGAAGGAAGAGCUUCAGGUCUUCAGGGGGCAUAAGAAGGAGGCCACAGCUGUGGCCUGGCAUCCUGUUCAUGAGGGGCUCUUUGCCAGUGGAGGCUCCGAUGGGUCCUUGCUCUUCUGGCAUGUUGGGGUUGAGAAGGAGGUUGGUGGAAUGGAAAUGGCCCAUGAAGGAAUGAUCUGGAGUCUGGCAUGGCAUCCCCUUGGACACAUUCUGUGUUCAGGCUCAAAUGAUCACACCAGCAAGUUUUGGACUAGAAAUCGGCCUGGAGAUAAAAUGCGAGAUCGUUACAACUUGAACCUGCUGCCUGGGAUGUCAGAGGAUGGGGUGGAAUAUGCUCCAGGAGAUGAUCUGGAGCCCAACAGCCUUGCAGUCAUUCCUGGGAUGGGAAUACCUGAACAGUUGAAAAUAGCUAUGGAGCAGGAGCAGAUGGGGAAAGAUGAGUCCAAUGACAUUGAGAUGACAAUCCCAGGACUGGAUUGGGGAAUGGAGGAAGUAAUGCAAAAGGACCAAAAGAAAGUGCCACAGAAAAAAGUUCCCUAUGCAAAACCAAUACCAGCACAGUUUCAGCAGGCAUGGAUGCAAAACAAAGUUCCUUUGCCUCCCCCACCUGAGCCAUUGAAUGAUAGAAAGGAGGAUAUUAAGCUGGAGGAGAAGAAGAAAUCACAGGCAGAGAUUGAGCAGGAAAUGGCAGCACUUCAAUACACAAACCCACAGCUCCUGGAGCAACUGAAGAUUGAGAGACUUGCACAAAAGCAAGCUGAGCAAGUGCAGCCACCACCUCCAGGUGGAUCUCUCCAUGGACCUCAGCCUUUCCCAGGGCAAGGCCCAAUGUCACAGAUGCCUCAAGGCUUUCAGCAGCCCCUUCCACCUCAGCAGAUGCCAAUGAAUAUGCCUCAGAUGGGACCUCCUGGCCCACAAGGACAGUUCAGACCUCCUGGACCCCAAGGACAAAUGGGACCUCAAGGUCCAUUACACCAAGGAGCUGGAGGUCCACAAGGGUUCAUGGGACCACAGGGACCUCCAGGCCCCCAGGGGCCUCCACAAGGAAUGCCAAGGCCUCAGGAUUUACACGGACAUCAAGGAAUGCAGAGACACCCGGGCCCUCACGGGCCCAUGGGGCCCCCAGGCCCACAGGGCAGUGCUGGCCCUCAGGGGCACUUGGGACCGCAGGGCCUGCCCGGCUCCCAGACUCAUUUAGGACCACAGGGCCCACCUGGCCCACAAGGUCACCUGGGUCCUCAGGGUCCCCCUGGAGGUCAAGGAAUGCAGGGCCCACCUGGCCCACGAGGAAUGCAAGGACCUCUUCCUCACGGCAUGCAAGGAGCUCCGGGAUCCCAAGGCAUGCAGGGCCCUAUAUCUCAAGGGCCUUUGAUGGGACUUAAUCCAAGAGGGAUGCAGGGUCCGCCAGGACCCAGAGAUAACCAGGGACCUAAUCCACAAGGGAUGAUGAUGGGUCAUCCACAAGAAAUGAGAGGUCCUCAUAUGCAAAGUGGUUUACUAGGACACGGUCCCCAGGAGAUGCGGGGCCUUCAGGGACCCCCGCCUCAAGGUUCGAUGCUGGGACCGCCACAAGAAAUGCGUGGGCCACCAGGUCCCCAGGGCCAGCAGGGACCUCCACAGGGCUCCAUGGUGGGGCCUCAAGGAAACAUGCAAGGACCUCAGGGACAGCCAAACCCUUCGAGGGGGCCACACCCUUCCCAGGGCCCUCUGCCCUUCCAGCAGCAGAAAACGCCUCUGUUGGGGGAUGGGCCUCGCCCCCCCUUCAGCCAGGAUGGACAGAACCCAGGUCCUCCUCCACUGAUACCAGGCCUGGGGCAGCAAGGAGGACAAGGUCGUCUGGGCCCUCACAACCAAGGGCCUGGUCUUAAUAAAGCGACGAUUUCCACCCCGACAAGAGAUUCGGCCAUCGGCUCCGGGAGUUCGAGGGGAGGGGAGGCCCGCCCCUGCAGGAUGAGAAAUGGAGACGAGGCGGGCCCGGGCCUCCCUUCCCUCCUGAUCACAGGGAGUUUGAAGGAGGAGGUUCCAACCGGGGCCCUCCCGGUGCUUGGGAAGGACGGAGACCUUCAGAUGACAGAUACCCGCGGGAUCCCGAGGACGCGCGCUUCCGAGGAAGGCGAGACGAGAGCUUCCGAAGAGGAGGACCCUCGAGGCACGAGGGCCGGGGGCCCAGGGGCAGAGAUGGCUUCCCUGGCCCUGAAGAUUUUGGGCCAGAUGAUGCUUUUGACUCUCCAGAUGAAAACUCCAGAGGAAGGGACCAUGGUGCUCGGGGCCGAGGGCGAGGUGCUCCGAGAGGAGCUCGGAAGGGUUUGCUUCCUACUCCAGAUGAAUUCCCACGUUUUGAAGGAGGGAGGAAACCAGACUCCUGGGAUGGAAACAGAGAACCAGGUCCUCGUCCAGAUCACCCUCCUCAUGAUGGGCACUCUCCAGCCAGCAGAGAACGUUCCUCCUCCCUCCAGGGCAUGGACAUGGCCUCACUGCCACCACGGAAACGGCCCUGGCACGAUGGACCAGGAACCUCUGACCACAGGGACAUGGAUGCUCCAGGUGGCCCUCCAGAGGACAGGGGCAAAGGACGAGGAAAUUCGGGACCCUCACAGAGAGCGCAGAAAUCUGGGAGGUCCAGUUCUCUAGAUGGAGACCACCACGAUGGAUUCCACAGGGAGGAAGCCUUUGGUGGAGGCCCUGGGGCAGGCAAUAACCCUUCUCGAGGAGGAAGGAGCAGCAGCAGCUGGGGAAGAGGAAAUAACAUGAACUCUGGCCAGUCCCGGAGAGGAGGAUCUCGGGGCGGCCGAGGCCGAUAGAAGAGGCUUUGACUGGGUCAUGCCCAGUCCUUGUGGGACAAUAUUUAAAUAGACUGCUACUCUGGACAAUGCCACAAACCUGGAUUCUUAACUGGGAUAACUGAAUGUGCAUUAGUUCCUAACAAGGGUCUUUCUUUUCCUGAACCAGUCAUUUGCCUCUAGCUGCAAUAUUGUAGCUACCUUUGUUUUGUUCUUUCCACUCCCAUUGCCCUCACUUUCUUGUUUUUGUCAAGAGCUGGAAUUUCUUUUAAGUGUUGUGGAACAUGGAGCAUCUCCACAGAUUUCAGUUCACCUCCAGACAGAAACUUGUUUCUAUAUGUACAGUUUGUCAAAGAGUUACGUUGGUUUUGUAUGAAUACAGAAUGUAAUUUGCGCAAAAAUUAACAAAAAAAAAUCAA